ACGCGGCCGCGCGGCGCCGUCCGGAGCAGUUUAGGAGGUGCACGAGGCGAAGAUGGCGGCGGAGCGGGAGGACGCGCUGAGGGAGUUCGUGGCGGUGACGGGCGCCGAGGAGGACCGGGCCCGCUUCUUCCUUGAGUCAGCCGGCUGGGACCUGCAGAUCGCACUGGCGAGCUUUUACGAGGAUGGAGGGGAUGAAGAUAUUGUGACCAUUUCUUCCCAGGCAGCCCCCAGUUCAGUAUCCAGAGGCACAGCCCCCAGUGACAGUAGAGUAACGUCUUUCAGAGACCUCAUUCAUGACCAAGAUGAAGAUGAUGAUGAGGAGGAGGGCCAGAGGUUUUAUGCUGGGGGCUCAGAGAGAAGCGGACAGCAGAUUGUUGGCCCACCCCGGAAAAAAAGUCCCAAUGAGCUGGUGGACGACCUCUUUAAAGGCGCCAAGGAGCACGGAGCAGUAGCCGUGGAGCGGGUGACCAGGAGCCCCGGGGAGAGUAGCAAAACCAGACCAUUCGCAGGGGGUGGCUACCGCCUGGGGGCAGCACCAGAGGAGGAAUCUGCCUACGUGGCGGGAGAGAGGCGACGGCAUUCCGGCCAAGAUGUUCAUGUGGUGCUGAAACUCUGGAAAAGUGGAUUUAGCCUGGACGAUGGUGAUCUUAGAAGCUACCAGGACCCAGCCAACGCCCAGUUUCUGGAGUCUAUCCGUAGAGGGGAGGUGCCAGCAGAGCUGCGGAGGUUAGCUCAUGGUGGACAGGUGAACCUGGACAUGGAGGACCACCGGGAUGAGGACUUCGUGAAGCCCAAAGGAGCCUUCAAGGCCUUCACUGGCGAGGGUCAGAAACUAGGCAGCACUGCCCCCCAGGUGUUGACUGCCAGCUCUCCAGCCCAGCAGGCAGAAAAUGAAGCCAAAGCCAGUUCUUCCGUAUUAAUCAACGAGUCAGAACCUACCACAAACAUCCAGAUACGGCUUGCUGAUGGCGGGCGGCUGGUGCAGAAAUUCAACCACAGCCACAGGAUCAGCGACAUCCGACUCUUCAUUGUGGACGCCCGGCCAGCCAUGGCUGCCACCAGCUUUGUCCUCAUGACCACCUUCCCGAACAAAGAGCUGGCAGAUGAGAGCCAGACCCUGAAGGAAGCUAACCUGCUCAAUGCUGUCAUCGUGCAGAGGUUGACAUAGCCCCCGGCAGCUGCCUCCCUGGCUCCCCCUACCCCUGCCAGCAGCCGGGGGGUGCUCUGUGGGGACCGCCCUCCCCUCCUCCAUUGUGCACGCCCAGCAGCCCCGUGGUGCUUCUGCACCGUAGCUCUGGGUUCUCAGUGCUCAGCUGGACAUUUGUUUUCUCCUUAGUUUUAUUUCCUGAGUUUUUGUGAAGAGAAACGGACUUUAAAGAAAAAAUAAAACCAAAAAACUGAAGGACUA